CAGGCCUAAAGAAAGACAUGCAAUAGGCAGAUUUAGCUCUAGCAUAAUGUAUGUUUAAGAUGAUUUUGAUUUUUUGAAAUAAUCUCAAGAAACAGUAUGACAACUCGAUUGAAGAAAAAGAUUAAAACAUAUGCUGGAUUGUUUUUGUCUGUCGGUUUCUUUGUUUUUGGUGUUUACCACUUGAUACCGUGUGCGGCAGUCUCAAAUAAAAGGACGUUUGUGUAUACGUGCAAAAAGGGGGUGUUAUGUGGAGGCUGGGCCGACCGACAAAAGGGUUUAAUAGCUGUUUAUCUAUUGGCUAAUGCUACCCAAUCUGGAUUUAAAAUAGAGAUUGACAAACCUUGUGACGUAACCUCAUUUUUACAACCGAAAUCACGAGAUUGGAGACUGGAGAAAGAUAAGACAAAGAAUCUGUGUACAGAAGAAAGUGCUUAUAUAGACGGAUACGGGAGAGAACUCCGUCAAAAUCUAAAAACAAAAAACAUUUCAGAUUUCUUCAAUAAGGAUAUUAAUUAUUUAACAAUAAAUAGUGACUUUAGUCAUUAUAUUCGGCAAAACAAACUUUACAGUCACAGUUUAAAUUGGUUAAAAAGACUUAGCAUGGGGCAAAUAUUUGCUACAAUUUGGCAGGAAAAUAUGGCACUUACCGCAGACUUGAAAAGAAUUUAUAAAAACUUUAUAAAAAGAACUGACGGCAGGAAAUUGGUUUGUGCUCAGGUCCGAAUUGGACGCAACCCGUCCAUACCCAGCGAUACCGUUAUACGUAAUGAUAUUGAUCACGUAAUUAAAAUUUUAGAUUUUUUUCGAAAGUAUGAUGAUCCUAAACUUUUUAGAAUAUUUGUAACAACUGAUGCUGAACAAGUCAGAGUAAAAGUUAAGCAAUCAUUCCCAGACGUUGUCAUAGAUACAGAAGGUGUUAUAGCACACGUGGACCGAGAACAGGACCAAAAGAAAUCUUGUGAGGGAUUUAGGAAAGUUAUUUUAGAUCAGCAUAUUUUAAGUACCUGUAAUGUGCUGGUGAUUAGUUAUAGUGGUGUUGGACGUCAUGCUGCCUGGAUCCGAGGUACACCAACAGACUUGUUUUGCUUUAUUGGCGGGAACGUUAUUCCAUGUAAUUUCACUCAUGAUAUGUUUCAGCCGUCCAUCUGGUGAGGUCAUACACCGUCUG